AUGGAGGCUAUCAAGCUUCAGAGGAAGUACCCUCAAUUCUCCCAAGAGGAGAUGAUGGGUCUCAUCGGUCGCUUCCGUAACUUGGACGUUGAAGAAAAAGGAAGCAUCCUAAAGCAGGACGUCAUCAAAGCCAUUCAAGACCAAGGCGAAGCUUCCUACGAUCAAGUCCGUGAAACCCUGAAAGAAGUCGAUCUUGACGCCUCAGGUCGUGUCGAACUCGAUGACUAUGUCGACCUUCUCGCCAAGAUCCGUGCCGGUCGCAACGCCCAAGCAGGUGUCGUCACAAAGGGCAAAGUGUUUGUCAAGGGCGCCACUUCUUCCACUCAACACACUAUCAAUGAGGAUGAGCGUACCGAGUUCACGCGUCACAUCAACUCGAACCUUGCUGGUGACGCUCACAUCGGUUGCCGUCUUCCUAUCCCUACCGACACCUUCCAGCUUUUCGACGAAUGCCGCGAUGGUCUUGUUCUCUGCAAGCUUAUCAACGACUCGGUGCCGGAUACGAUCGAUGAGCGUGUUCUCAAUUUUGGCAAGGGUGGUAAAGGACCCAACGCUUUCCAGAUGACUGAGAACAACAACAUUGUUAUCACCUCCGCCAAGGCGAUCGGCUGCAGUGUCGUCAAUAUUGGUCCUCAGGAUAUCAUCGAUGGUAAAGAGCAUUUGAUCUUGGGUCUCGUCUGGCAAAUCAUCCGACGUGGUUUGCUUAGCAAGAUCGACUUGAAGAACCAUCCGGAGCUCUACCGUUUGCUCGAUGACGGCGAGACCUUGGAAGAGUUCCUUUGCUUGCCACCUGAUCAGAUCCUGCUCCGAUGGUUCAAUUACCAUCUCAAGGCAGCUGGUUGGCACCGACGUGUUGCUAACUUCAGCAAAGAUGUUUCCGAUGGCGAAAACUACACUGUCCUCCUUAGCCAGCUCAAACCUGACCAGUGCGAUCGUGCCCCACUCCAGCAAAGCGACCUUAUGCAGCGUGCCGAGAUGGUCCUGCAACGAGCUGAUGCCAUCGGUUGUCGCAAAUACUUGACUCCAGGAUCGAUGGUUGCUGGAAACCCCAAAUUGAACUUGGCCUUUGUUGCCCACCUCUUCAACACCUGGCCCUGUCUCGAACCGCUCGAAGAAGCGCCACCUGUCGAGAUCGAAGACUUUGACGCUGAAGGAGAGCGCGAAGCUCGUGUCUUCACCCUCUGGCUCAACUCUCUCGAUGUCGAACCUGGUGUUUACAACCUUUUCGAAGAUCUCAAAGACGGAACCGUCAUCCUGCAGGCAUUCGACAAAGUCAUCCCAGGCAGUGUCACUUGGCGUCGAGUCUCUAAACCCAGAGAAGGUCAGCAACUUUCUCGAUUCAAAGCAGUGGAAAACACAAAUUACGCAGUUGACCUUGCCAAAGCUUCCAACAUGCAUAUCGUAGGCAUUCAAGGUGCCGACAUUGUUGAUGGCACAAAGACUCUUACUCUUGGUCUCGUUUGGCAGUUGAUGCGUCUUAACAUCACCAAGACUCUAUCUUCCCUUAGCAAGGCAGGAAGGGGUGUUUCGGAUGCAGAUAUGGUCGCUUGGGCCAACAAUUUGGUCAAGUCGAGUGGCAAGACGACGCAGAUUAGGAGCUUUAAGGAUUCACAGUUGAAGACGGCGGUGUUCUUUUUGGAUUUGCUCAAUGUCUUGAGGCCUGGUAUUGUUGAUUAUGGAUUGGUUAACCAGGGUAGGACCGAGGAGGAGAGUAAGAUGAAUGCAAAGUUGGCCAUUAGUAUUGCGAGAAAGUUGGGUGCAUUAAUCUUCUUGGUUCCAGAGGAUAUCGUGGAGCUUAGACAAAGGUUAAUUUUGACUUUUGUGGGGUCCUUGAUGACUAUCCAGUCCUGA